UGGAGAUUCCUUCUGUUCGGAGUGGAGUGGAGCAAUUGCCACAUCCCCCAGGAACUCAUUCAUCUAUUGUUCCCUGUCUAACGCAGGUUCAGCAUAACCACCUCAACCCCCUUCACCCCGAGGCCUUUCAUAUUCACUGGCGCAUAAAACAACCCAUGGCCUGCCACAAUCUCCAGCUUCCAUUCGGUCACGAGUGCUAUCGCCUCCUCGGCGACCUUGUUGUUUCUUUUAUGUAUCUUUUCAUCUACUUCUCAAAUUCCCUCUCAACGGUUCCCUCUUAUUGCUCGAUGAUGCUGAGCCGUCGUCGUAACUCAAGCGCAUGUUACAGUUAUGUCAUGUCGGCGAACGUUCGCUUUCCCGGUUUCAAUCAACAACAAAACUAUCAUCAACAUUGGCUGCAGUAGUAGCGGCAGCAGCAUGCAAAAUCGAACGAUACGGAGACUGAAGUUGAGAUUAAAGAGAAGCAAAAAAAAGCAAAGAAAAUUGAGACAGGUUUGGGUGAAGAUAUAAAAGUAAGGAGCAAAAAAAAACCAACACAAACUAAAACAUGAAACCUAUGUUGAAGCAAGGCGCGAACACGGCAGGUUGCACUGGUUGAGCUAUAUCCACCUAGGGGGAGUGUUCUCAUGAUUGUUAGCUUCUACCAAAACUCUUUUUAAACUUUUUUCCCCUGUAUUUAUUACAAAAAAUAUAGUCGAUUUAAGAUUUUUUUUUUUCAUACACUGCACUGUUCAUCAAAACCAAUCCCCCUCCAAUCCGAUCGCUUUAUCGUAAAACGUAAAAGAAGUGGUUAUUUCCGGAGUCAAUUAGAUGGCGCCCUCUGGCAAAGAUCGUGCGUUCCGUAUAUGGUAGUCCGAACCCCGAAUCUGUUAUGCAUUUAUUGCUUUUUGGACACAUCACUAUUAAUUAAGCUGCCAGUGUAAAUCGAUGGUAGCUGUCUACCCAGCAACAAUUGUAUUAUUUAUAGGGAGCUUAUUAAUUUAUAACACAAAUUUGUCAGCAAAUGCCCACAGCAUGUCAUGAGUUGUAUAUUUGCUUUAAUAUACCAAUUUAACGUGUGAUUGGUAAGCAACGGUAUGAUAGUAUGGCAAGUCAGCCGUCUGUAUCGUGAGUAACACCUUCUUGUCAAAGUGUUUAUAGAAAUGUGUUAACGCUAAAAUAGAUUAACACAGAAAACAUCUUUUUACUCAAUUUUAAAAUAUUGAAUAUAUUAUCUAAAUUCAAACAAACGUGUUUGAUUUAGAAACUCUUUUAAUUUGUUGAGAAAUAAAUCAUAUUUAUGUUGCAAAGCAUAUCAUAUAAACAUAUUUAUGUUGCCACAACAAAUUUAUACCAUUUUCUCCCUUCUGCAUCCCAUAGUGGGGAGCUCACAGAAGGGAGCAAUUCAUUUGCCCCAGCAAAUCAUUUCGAGUCAAACCUUCUCACACACAGCCACACUCUCUCUCACAUCCACCGGGGGAUACGCUGGGCGUUCAUUUUCCUUACGCCGUGUGGCCAAGCGAUCCACACGGCCAGAAAGAGAUGCUGUUUCGCUUUGAGCGGAACCGCGCUUGUGCGUGCAUGAACAUCGCAAAGAGAGACAUGACUCUGGCGGUUGACCGAAGCGGUACAACACACAGAGGUGGCCAACAACAACAAAAACGUGCGUAGCCCUAACGGAGGACGUCUCGCGACACAAAACCACUCGCAAAAGAAACAGUACGUUUCAAGAAAGCAUCGCGUUCGCGUGCACCGAUAAAAGUCGGUGACUAAAACCGAUACGGUAACGGAUUUUUCGCGCGUCUAUUCACGGUCGUACAUUUUUGUUUUUUGGUUCGGGACGAAUUGACCAUUUUGCGGUGCGUUUUGUGUAUGCGUGGCAGCACAUGCAAAAGAAAAAACCCGUUCGAUUAAAAUAUGUUUCAUUCUGCAGAAGAAACAUUUUAUGCCCCACAGCGAUAGAGCACACAUUAACGAGCUCUAACGCAAAAAAAAAGGAUCAGUCCAAAUAAUCGUCUCCCCCAAAAACGGACAGUUUCGGUAACGCGCGCGCGUCCAGAUUCGUUAAAUUGGCGAGUUUUUACAUCUCACUUCCGUGACCUUCGUAACGAUCGAUUACACCGAUUAUAUCGUGCUGGGCAUCCUUUUUGCGCGGCAAAGGCGUAAAACCAUCAUCCCCCGGGGGAAAAAUGAUUAAAACCAGCACCAUAAUACACUGCCCGAAUUGUGCUUCUUACGGGCACUUAUCGGGAGUGAAGCUACACACAGUUAAAUAAGAGCAUAAAAUACGAAAACAAAAACCAAAAACAAAACUACCAAUCACAACCGGAAACAUUAAAUUCAGAUUGGUACGGUUACGAAUCGUCCACAAAGUUUGUUCGGCCGACCGGUUUUUGGUGCGAGAUAAAAUUACAUCCCAUACCCAGUUUUUGGGUGGGGAAGCAUUUGUAUGUGUACUACGGAAAGAUUGAGGCAGAAAAGUAAACAAAUAAUUGCAUUAAAUAUUGCUCUUUAAAUCAAUCCAACCAAUGGUGCACGUAUUGGUAGGCAAAUAGUUAAAAUAGUUACAACAUUGGGUGUGUGUGUUUUGGUGUGUUUGUGUGUGUGUAUGGCAUAUUUUUCGGGGUUGAAAAAAAAUUAAGCGAAAGCUUGUGUUUGGCUUUCCUAGCCCGCUGUGAAGUGGUGUGUGCAAAUGAGAAAAAUAAAUAAAUAGUGCUAUCAUAAUAUUGUGCAUAAAAUCAUCCAUACGGUGGUGGUGUCAGUGCUCGUUAAUCUUAUGUGUGUUGAUAAUUCGAUCGAAAGAAGUAAAGUUCGGUACGUUCGGUAGUGUAACUUCGUGCAUGCAGACAUCAACUCAUCUUUACCCGGUGUAUCGACAGCUGGUACAACGUGGGAAACCUCAUCGUUCAUCCACAGCGAGGGAAAACAUACGUCCACACUUCAUCGAUUGUCCACUCAUCCCAUCGAAACGGUCGCACGGAUAGCUUUUUUCGUACGUUUAAACCGCGAUAAAAUCGGUGCAUGUUAAGCUUGUAAAGCUGUAAACUGUACUCAAUAUGUCUAUAUUAGUGUUACUUGUUUAAAAACAAAAAAAUAGCUCCAUAAACAUAGUAAAAAUGUAUAAGUAAAAAUGUAUAAUAUUUAAAGUAAAUUGAAAUACUUAGCUUCACUAUUCAUCGAGAUUUGAAGCUAAAUAAAGAGCUGCUUUAACCAAAAGAAAGCUCUGUCUGUUUCUUUGUUGUUGCUUGCCCGGCACGUAGUUCCGUCCUCGACAAAAAUAAAAGAGACUGUGGAAAUUGUGAUUUCGAUUCGGUAAUGCGCUUGAUUGAUUGUGAUUUGAACGUGAUGUGAUUAGAUGGCUAUAAUUUAAAAAGGAAAGAGAGAAAAAAAUGUGAUUUAUUUACGACAUGUAAUGCAGAAGAUGAAAUUGCACCAUCGGCAUUGGUAAAUUUGGUAAAAAAUAUAACAUUAAAAUAAAAAUCCACCCAAAACAAAAGGAAAAUAUAUCGUUCCUUCCAAUGCAUCCAAUGUCCGCGUGCCACUGUUGGGCAGCUAAAUACCACACAGAAGUGAAUUAAUUGAAAGCUUUGCUUGCUAAAAACCAAAGAGAACACCUACACCAUGGCGGGUGAUUCCAAUUCAAGCGAUGAAGAGCUGCAGCAGCUGGCACAAGCCCUGGAACGGGGUCCCGCCAAGUGUCACGAGUGUUACGGUGACUGUGUUGACUGUGUGCCGGACUGCUGCAAGGAUACGACCGUGCACAAGUGCCAUCUCGAAGGUGGGCCGGGCCGUUUCCAGACUGGCAAGAAUUUGCUCACCCGUGCCCUACGCUAUCCGCCCGGUACCGCCACCAGGAAGUGUGUCCUGACGCUCGACGGUUACUCGUACGUAAUUGUCGCAAGUUCGCCGGAGAAUAAGUUUACCAAAGAUGAUAUAACGCUUGCCGGUGCUGGCCCGGGGCGUGAACAGUUGCCCUGCUGCGAUCCGGCCACGUGUCCAGGCCCAGGCCCUACAACUAGCUACGGAGCGUGCGGAACUACUGGACCGGUUCCGACGGCCAGUAUCACAUCGGCCAGUGGCAUUAGUGCCACCCAGCAACAGCAGCAGCAGCAGCAACAAUCAUCAUCGACACAGCAGCAACAAUCGUCUGGCAGCUGCUAUCCGUAUCAUCAUCACUUUCAUCACCACCACCAUCACCAUCAUUGCCAUCAGCCAGUGCGUGCGGAUUGUCACUCACGGAACGGACAGAUAGCAAAACAAGGUAGCCUUACGAUCGUUCGGCGAACCAAUAGCAGAAAAAAUACCAACGUUCAGCAGCAGCUCCAGUAUCAGGAAGCGUUGGACGAAUCCGAAUACCAGCCGCCAUACGGUAACGAUUCUGGUGCCGAAGGUAGUGGUGGUGGCAGAGGAGGAGGCGGAAGCGGAGGUGGAGGGGGUGGAGGUGGUGGUGGUGGUGGUGGGGGUGGCGGUUCGGAGGCCAAGUACGGUCAGCAGUAUCCGCCCCUGUCCGAGUCGGAACUCGCCUUCGUCAACAGUCAGCUAAGUCGGGAGCUCGAGAGCAUGCAACCGACGUCCGGGACCGUGAGUGUCGUCGCGAACCGUACCGAAUCGACGACCGGGGAUGAGCUGGACAAUGUGGACCUAGCGACGGACAACCUGCCGGCUGUCGAUACACCAGAUGCAUGUGAUAAGGCCGCAGUCAGACUACGAUGUCUGCUGCGGCAGCUGCAGCGCGGCGAAAUUUCCGCCGAGCUGCUGCAGAAAAACCUUCAUUACGCCGCGCGCGUACUUGAAGCCGUUUUUAUCGACGAGACAAAUCAGGAUGGUGGUACCGGAGGAGGCAGCGGUGGUGGUGGUGGUACUGGUGCUAACAACGCUGGUGGCGGUAGUGGAGGAGAUACUAGUUGUAGUGGUGGCACAGACGGCACCAGCAGUACGGCACCGAAUGUCAACGCGUGCAGCAAGGAACCACACCGGGGGUCAACGACGUCCGCACCGCCAACGCACGGUGGCCCUACGGGGCCACCGGUCAACAAAGGUGUCAUACAGAGGCGACGCUUACGGGCACCAGUGUGGGCCCGUUCCAUGUACGGCAAAAAAACGGCAAUACGAACGAAAAGUUCCUAUUUCUUUUUUACACUUUUUUUGUUUGUUUUUCUCCUCUCACUUUUUUGUUCCCAACUUUAGUAACUGACCUUUCGUUGUUUGAUGUUUUAGUUUUAAUAACACAGUUUUGUUUUUCGUAUCUCUUCAUUUCUCCACCUAUCUUUCUUUCUUUUUUUUUGCACUCUCAAGUUCUAAUAAUCAAGUUUUUCUUUUCUUUUGGCUAGAAACUACAAAGCAUGUUAAUGAAAUUGUCUUUUCUUUCCUUUACAUUGAUCGUACAAAUGACCGGACGAAACAAUCAGUUUUCCCACAACUGGACUUUAUAAAACUUUCUAUUCUCAAUUUACAUUCAAUUAUCUAUAAUAGUGGCAGUUUUCUUUAAAUGGUUUUUGUGCAGAAAAUUUUUGCUUGAAACUAUUGAACUCAAACCACCCGAAAUGAUGCUUCGUUACGCUUUUCGCGUUUGCUGUCUGCUUUUAACAUUACCAUAUUUAUAACUAUUUCCAAUUCCUUCGGCAUGAAAGCAUACUACUCGGCAAAACACAAUUCCCCGAGAGACGCUUUCAGUUGUAAAAACUUUUAAUUAAUCUUGAAAUGUCAGCGCGCCCAUUCCCGGCGAUCGCUUCCGUACCCUUUUGGCGCACCUUGGUUACUACUGAGAAAGGCUAAAUGUUUUACCUUUUUUCUUGUGAAAGAUGAACAACGCUACUGAGAAGUUGAAGUAGCUAAGAACCGCACGACAACUUCAAUGUCAACACAUCCUUUUGUAUCUUCUAGGAAAAAAGCUUGCAGCAACUUUUGUUGCCUUUUGAACCGGGAAUAUUCCCUUUCGCUCCAGAUGGGAUCUGACCGGAGAUGAUAGUCUCGAUAAAUGUUGGGUGAAAAAAAAGGUUAAAAGCGUGUGUUUCUCUUUCGCAAUACGGGGGCUGAUGCCCUUGGAGGUUUUGUAAAGAAUCUGAGGUGAAAAUGAAGAAAGAGGAAAAGUUUUAUCUGUAGACGAAAGAAACAAAAAUUCAACCCGUUUUCUGUUCUAACCUCAAGAGGGUGUUUUCCCUAUUAUAAUUUAAAUUAGAAUGUACGAAUAACCGAGAUAAUGGGAGAAGACCUUUGUGCAAAAGCUUGGUAGUACUUUAAUCACUUUUAAUUAGUUUCGACUUCAAUUCAAAUGUUCACGCGAGGGAAAGACAUUGAACUUUUUUUUUUUCUUGCUUUAUAUUGAUUUAAUUACAAAGUCAAAAUGUCUUUAACACUUUACUAUUAAUAUAACAGCCAGUUUACUAUAAGUUUUAUUAUUGAUAUUUUGUCAUGGUUUGUAAACAUCAAUCUUAAUUAACAGAACAAAAAAUUCUGCCUCAACAUUAAACUUUUCACCAUGCUCGAUGAAGCAUUAAAUGAUUGAUUCCAUACGUCUGCUGUCGGCAAAUAAAGUCGAUGAAUAAAUCUUCAUCUUGUUCCAUCUAUCGAGCCUACACAGAUAUACACCAGCGACAUCCCGGUCCAUUUCUAAUCAAUUACACAAAACACAAACUCAGCUCAGAAAGUGGCUGACUCGUCGAAAGGUUUCAGAAAGCGAGAGAACCGAAAUCACACCAUCCGACUCAAUUUUGGAGCUUAGAAAACCUUUUUCCUGCCAGGGCACGGGAGGCCCCUGUGCCGAGCGUUCGAAAAUCGCAUUCAAAUUUGCCUUUCUCGUAAUCGAAAGGCAAAUAGAAUCAUCCAAUCGGUAGAAACCGGUGCUAGAAGCGACGAAAAACACCGCAUAGAAGUGAAUUAAAUUUAACUUCUUAAUGAAGUGUGAUUGGUUUUAUUUUGUGCGAAGAUGAGACUAGUUGGGAUGAGAAAAUUGAGAGUAUAGAAAGAUACAUCCCGCCCGGAAAAGGAAAAGGUUGGACGGAAACAAAAGAAACAUUUACCGUUCGUAGCCCCAGCACACAUCGAAUCACAUACGAGUGGUAUUUAAUUUGUUUUUCGAAGCAAGCAUUACGGGGCGAAGGAUAUCGAACACUAUUCGCCCCGAAGUUAACCUAACGCUGCUUUAUUUGUAUCCCCUUAUCUGUCUUUUUAUGCUUUAUGCUUUGGAAAACUUUUCUCCCUUUUUCUUCAGUCCAAUCCAUCGGCAAAAGUAUCAUCCGAUCGGGUAUGCACGCGGUUUGAGCGCUCCACCGAACAACGGUUCGACGAAAGGUUUCGAUUGCCUACCACGGACCAGGUCUGUUUACGUUACCUUGUGGCGAUGUAGUUUGUGCGGAGUUGGGAUUGAAAUCAAUUUGUUGUGCUUGCCGGGCGUAAGGAUUGCAUAUGGACGGGUUUCCCAACCCCCUCCCACCCUCCAAACGGCCGAUCGCCGAAAACUUUUGCAAAGCCCCCACCGAAGACAAGGGUUUUUCGAUCAGCGCAAAAAGGUUGUUGAUGUUUCGCUUGUGUAGCUUGUUUGUUCGUUUGUAUAAAGUUUUCAGGUCGAAUCAUUUAUGGUUCAUAUCAAUUAUCCGAAACGAAUCAAUCGGUGUUUCGAUGGGUAAACAGCACUCGGUUUUUAAUUAUUUGUUAUUUUUCAUUUGUAAAUUUUAUUACAAGCAUAGUUGAAAGUAAAAUUGUUCUAGGAUGUCAAAUCGAUGUAUGAACCGCAACUUUUAACAGGCGUUAUUUAUUUAAUUUAUUACUGAGUGGUUUUUCCAAUAAAAAAAAAUUAAUUAUAAAAUGAAUAACUUUUUUUGUUUGGCAAAUGAAAAGCCACGAAAGCUUUUUUUUGUAAACUAAAUUAGAAUUUUAAAAAUUCAUAAAAUUAAGUUUAAGUUACGACUCGAACAGCGAUUUGACCUCAACACAAUUCGUACGCCUGCAUGGCACAACCCACUUGAUGGAAGCUUUCUAAUGUUUUAGCAAAUAAUCCAUUACCGUAGAUUCAAUGUUGUGAAGAAAGACUUUGAAAUAUUAUUACUGGUAUUCGUUUGAACAUUUAUUUCCAAAACCAUUCACCACAGCCAAUUGGAUGAAAUGGAAAUGCACCGUUCUUAAAUGAAUAAAUCCACGGCACACGUGACACGAUUUGAUUUUCACCAUCGUAACAUUAACAUUUCUCCACUUGACUGUUUGACAUUUUCGGUCCGGUUCAAGCAAAAUAUCACCACAUUCCGAUUGCUCACUAUUUCCAAUCCAUUAUGCUUGCCGGUACACCAAAUACAUUUCUCACCAGGCGUUAAAACAUUGACAGCAUUGCGAGUGUAUGGUCAGACUAUUAAAUUGCUGAUGCCUACACAAACCCAAUCCAAAGCGUACCCACGUGCACACGUACAAGAAAUCCACGAAGCACACAAAUACUGGCACCCAAAACACAAACCCCAAUGCCCGACUGACCGUUGCACCCUUUUGCACAUUAAUCGGGAGAGAAACUUUAGGUGCAAAUAUUUACACUACGGUGGCUUUUCACGAUCGUAAUUUAUGCCCAAAACGGUGCGAAACGUGUUAGUGUAGUGGGUGGACCAUGUUUGUGGUACGGUUGCUAGUUACGAGGGCGUACCAUGUGACACUAGAAACAAUAACAGGAGCUGCAUUACGUUCGUUUACCUCCCGGAGAUCGUUCGAAUUUUGGGAACAGACGCGAGGAGGUCCACAUCUGCUCGUUAAGAGUUACUAAACCUUGCGUCGAUUGUUGAAAGUGAAAUGAUAAGUUAUGAAUGGUGAUUUUUUUAUUUAUGUUUCUAAAAGCUACAAAUAAUAUCAUUGUUUGCAAAAACUUACAUUGAGCUACAACCAAUUUUGGACGUGAUAGUUCUAUGUACAAUUUGAUGCUGAUUUUAAUAAUCAAAACUUAAGGAAAUGGUUAAAAAUUAUGUAAAAGUUGCUAUAAAAAUUACUUGAAAGAUGGUAUAUUUUUGUUUCACUUUUAAGUACUUUAGCAAUAUAAAGGAAUGGAAUCGAACAGAAAUUUUCAUUAUUUUUCCCUUUAACUGAAAAUUUUAAUUCAUUCAACUUAUCAACGUUUUAAACACAAAUGUUAAUGCCUAUCGAGCGUCAAACUACCAUAACCCCCAAGUCACAUAGUCGUAAAAUAGCGAUCGUUCUGCGUUUAUCCACGUGCGGCUGUUUCGCGUCCAAUGCUCGUUCUAUGUCGUUUAUGUUGCUUAUAGAAAAUAUGUACCCAAUAAUGUAUGGUACAUGAUGUUUCGGUGUUUCCCGUUCGUUAUUAUUGCUACAGAAGCACCACAAAACGCAUCAAAAGCUGAAUUGCAAUGGAAGCUUUUUAUAGAGUUGUGCUUAAGUGCCUCAAUUCAUAACAAUUAUCUGGGUUUUCUACUCCACUCCAUUCCAUCGUCACUUUAAAUUUUUAAGCCAAAUAAAAUAACAAAAGAGAAACAACCAUAACAAAUGCGCAAGUGAGAAUUAAACACAAUUGAAUUGCUCAAUCUUCACCAUAACGUGCGGUGGAAAGUGGUAAAGCAAAACACACACAAAAACAUAUUAUCCAUUAAUAAUACCCAUUAUGUCGCAACGGUCGCAAAAUUGUUUACCAUAAAAAUAAAUCGCGCAUCAAACGAUGUUGCUUUUGCGUCAUAAAUAUUUUUGCAUUUGUUUGGAACACAAAGUGAGGAGUGACUUAUGGAUAUUGCGCGUGCAGUACACGUGUCCAAGCGAUCUGUCAGUGGGGCCAGGUUUGCGUCAUGCCACUAAUAAUCAUAAUCAUUUCUAGAGGAAUUUCUACCAUUUCAUCCUACCACUUACAUUAUUCUGUAGGAUGUUAAAAAUAUCUUACAUAGUGAUUGUAUCGAAGAGGAGCAAACGUUUUUUUGAUUGUAGACUACAAGAGAACACACUCACACAAAACCUCUCAUUAUUGUUAAUUGGCCUUAUCUUGACAAUGGCCAAAUAUUUCACGAUAAAAGUUCAACGGAAAUCAUAAUCAAGAUUAGCUACUUCUGGGUACUAAGGUUUACACAAACAAAUGAUCCCACUCAACUGGUAAAAAUAGCCAAUUCUCUUGAAGUGAUUUGGCUUAAAAAAACAUCUUCAAUCAUAAAAGCGAACGUCCAUUACAGCGCACUCAAAUCAUCGUAUUUGAAGUUGGAUUAAUAUGGCACCGAAAAUAACAACCAAAAAACCUCAAACAUGUUUGAAAUGUGCAGCAAAUCAUUUUACUAAUUGGUACCAUCUGUAAGCCAACUAGCCGAGAGGCAAAUAUGGAAUUAAUUAUCAACAAAAGCAACACAUUUUUAUUAACAAACUGUAAUGACUACAUUCGAUUGGACUGAUAAGAAUAUGGCAACGUUUUGAUGGAUUAUGAAAAUAUUUUCACCUUCCCUUCAUUACUCAUACCCGGUAUAUUAGGGUUGCGCUUUACAUAGCAGUACGUACAUAUUUAUUCUGCUUGUAGUAUAAGAUUUUUUUAUUCCAUUUCAAAUCAGGAUAAUUAAUCAGGAUUUGCUCUGUAAGCGGUCAAUUUGCGCUAGAAAAAAAUGCAUAAAUAUAUCGCUAGAAGCAGUAUGUAGUGCUUUGAUAUUUAUUUACCACCGUAGUGCUUCAUUACUCAAGUAUUUUGAUUGAUAUUAAUUUCUAGCAGCAAAACCCAAACAACAAUCCAAACUUAACUUUAAGUACGGGUCAAGGAAAAACAUUGCUCAAACAGGUUAAGCUCUAGCAACGGGUUUUUUUGCAAACCAAAGUCAUAACUUUUAAUUGCUAGCAACGGAAUAAAUCGCAAGCUUACUCCAUUUUAUUUUCUUGUUCAUUUCUAUUGCUCUAUGAAAUGAACUUCAUGAUGGUCUUGACAUUAAUGAUUGAAAAAACAUUUCUACCUAGCAACUGACCGGAUGAAGCGAGAGGUCAGGAACAAUGGACGUGUGGAAUGGUGAAAGAAGCUUUUGCGUACAACAAAUUAUGAGAAACCUACCAACGGAUAUAGUUGUUUGACCUUUACACGCACUUUCAAUUGCCCGCUUGACUUUGCGGCUUGACAACAUUACGAUUGCGAAUGAUUUAUAUUUUAUUAAAAUGAUACAAAUGACAAACAAAUUCACAUUCCUUCUGUGGAAAAUUCAAUAAUGCCACUCGGAAAACUUUCGACUUUAAAAUCACUCUCCACAUCUAUCAAUUGGGAUGGAUUUAUUCGAAAUCCCUUUGUCAAGAUGAUUUAAUUUAGAUUCCAGAAAUGGAUUUAACUGCACGUUGAUACUACGUUUUAGUGUCCGCGUAAGAAGCUUUCUGUUGAGAACUGUUCAACAUGAAAUUCGUCUCGUUCUUCCAUAGUUUCGAUGCAUCAAAUGUAGCAGCUGUGCUUCUCCUGGAGAUGGAUUUUUUUCGCUUUUACUCUUCAAUCGUAUUUUAAGUAUAAGCGAAAAACGAUAAAGACAAAAAUGCACCAUUCGGUUUUUGCAUCAAUGACCGUUGCAGCUGCUUUUGUCAAAUUCCUAUGAUUUAAUGCUUCUCCACGGAUCGACUAAAGAAAUAUGGAAUACAUUUUUGAUAGCUUUUUUCCUCUGUAAGUUUAGUACCAACGAACUUUUAAAUUACAAUUUGAUAGUAAAACAGAGCUUAGAAAAAUAAUGUUAAUUUAUUGAGAGAAACACCAGGCGUCUCCAUUGACCGGCCACGUGUUCAGACAGUAUUUAGGGAAUGAUUAGGUGAAAUUUAUUUACCAUUUCAAUUCCGUUCUAAUAAAAAUCACUUCGUUUAAUUUUGUUUGCCCUUUUCGCUGUUCCGUUUCAAAAUUUCCAACCAAUUUUUACAAGAUGGAAAGAAUUGCUUAAUAAGAACGGUAAACUACAUUUGGUAGUGUCCUUAGUCGUCACCUUUUUUUGUUGUUGUAUCCUCAAUGGAUUCUUUCCAAAGCAUAAUCUGGUUCGUCAAAUCGUAUGCUGCAUACGAUGUUGCCCUCCUUUUUACACUGACGAAAAACGAAAAAAACGUUCUUACGUGUCGCAGCUUUCCAUUAUCCAAUGGUGCCUUGUACACCGGGCUGUAACUGCUGUAACCGUUCAUAUGUCACAUACCGCCUUCAUUUCAUCCUCUCCACUGUUGCCUUUCAGAUUCACUUCACUUCCGCUAUUUCCACAUGAAUUACUGCACAUUCCGGUGGUCGGAUUCAUUUCGUGCACAGAGGCCGGGUGUUCACCGUGCGCUGCCUGAAUCAAGCAUUCUGUUUGACUUGUCACCGGCAGCCCAAUACUAAGUUGUGCAGCAAAAAAAAGAUACAAGGCAAAUUGUGUUUAAAAAAACCACCCCCACCUGGAAACGACCGAAUGCUACCGGAAAAUAGCUAUACACGCUAGUUUGUUGCGAUGUGCUCUACCGGAACAGUAGUUUACCGUUUCCUUUCGUACUAGAUUUUUUUAUUUCUGUCCUUCCACCAGGCGCAGAAGAAAAUGUUAAGCCCUUGGUUAGAAAGCGAAAUAAAUCCUCAGCACUUACAUAAUUUUCCAUCAAACUCAGCACGGCAGAUAUUUUAUAAGUUGCUUUCGAUGGAUAGUGCUUGAAAAUGGGGAAAUAGAAAGCAUCCAGACUAGAGAUGUGCAAAGUGAGUAAGAGCGAGAUAGUGAGUUGAAACGUUGUAUUGAAUGAGUUUCGUUCACUCACUAUGAGAAGUUUUAGCGACUCUUUUAUCAUUUACUCACUCACGAGUGUAAGCAUGUAGCCGUGGUGAGUUGAGUUGCAAAAAGAGUAAAUACGUGAGUUUAGUUCACUCUUUUUUCAUUUAAAGCAUUAUUUGAGUGAAAAGAAACUCAUUGCAACCAAUUGGCAUUAAAAUAAAUCAAUUUAAUUUUUUUUGCAAAAUUUCUCAAAAAAAUGGCAAGGGGUACCCCUUAUGAAAUUUUCGAGUUGAAAAUUUUUUAAAAUUUUUUUUUCUCAUUUUUUAUUCUUUUUUAAAUUUAAAGCACUAUUUAAGUGAAAAGAAACUUAUUGCAACAAAAUUCGCAUUAAAAUAUACCACAUUUUUCAAUUUUGCUAAAUUACUCAAAAAUGAAGAAAAUUUUACAUUUUCUCAAACAGGAUACGGAACUUGGUUCCUCGAAUAACUUCUGGCACAGACAUCUGAGGGCAUGGCCGUCCAAGAAGAAAAUGUAGCCAUUAUUGCUAUCUAUCGACCACAGGUUAAAGAUUGACGAUCCGUUGGAUACCGACCGAGUUAUAGGCAAAACUUGGUGCAAAAAUGAGGAAAAUUUUACAUUUUCUCAAACAGGGUAAGGAACUUGGUUCCUCGAAUAACUUCUGGCACAGACAUCUGAGGGUAUGGCUGUCCAAGAAGAAAAUGUAGCCAUUGUUGCCAUCUAUCGACCACAGGUUAAAGAUUGGCGAUUCGUUGGAUACCGACCGAGUUAUAGGCAAAACUUGGUGCAAAAAUGAGGAAAAUUUUACAUUUUCUCAAACAGGGUAAGGAACUUGGUUCCUCCAAUAACUUCUGGCACAGAUAUCUGAGGGCAUGGUCGUCUAACAAGAAAAUAUAGCCAUUGUUGCCAUCUAUCGACCACAGGUUAAAGAUUGGCGAUCCGUUGGAUACCGACCGAGUUAUAGGCAAAACUUGGUGCAAAAAUGAGUCUUAUGAAAUUUUCAAAUUUUUAUAUUAUUUUAAAUUUUUUCAGAUUUUUUACUCUUUUUUUAAUUUUAUGCAUUGUUUGAAGCAAAAGAAAGUCAUUCCAACCAAUUGGCAUUAAAAUAAAUCAAUUUAAUUUUUUUUGCAAAAUUUCUCAAAAAAAUGGCAAGGGGUACCCCUUAUGAAAUUUUCGAGUUGAAAAUU